GAUCACCCCCUCCCCCCCUCCAUCCUCCUCCUCUUCCUCCGCCUCCUCCUCUUCCUCCGCAUCCGCAUUUUGUCAUCAGCUGAUUCCAUUCCCCUUAAAAAAAUGUUGACGAUCUGAAGAUCUCGGAAAAAUGGAACAAUUCGUUUUCUCUUCACUAAUCCUGCAGGAUCUGGAAUAUUCUAAUAGACGAUGCAUUGAUUCGGCGUUUUCGUUGUAAAGAACGCGCGGCUGGGGUUCACAGCAAACUGGUCAAAAAUGCUUCAAGGCUCGGGUGUUUUGCUGCAGGAGAGGCCUCUGGACAUCAAGGUGUCAUUUAGUGCAUGUGCUUUGGGAACUGUGUCCCUGCCACUGCUUGGACUAAUAGCAUGUGUUGUCAUAUCCUCCAUCUUUCAUUUUGAAGAUGCUACCGGCACACAUUGCCAGGUUCCCAACUACCUGCCAUCUAUCAGUGCGGCAAUAAGCUUAAGUCCUGAGUGUUACAUUUGGCGUUUCUGCAUUGGACUUCACUCAGCACCAAGGCUCAUGGUGGCCUUCACCUAUUUCAGAUUUUACAAGAUCUGCUUUGACACCAGGUUCCCUGAGAGCCCACUGAGCUGCUUGAACCUGGCCUUUUCCAUCUUCGAGAACAUCGGUCUCCUGCUCCUCACUUAUGUGUCAUCCAGUGAGACGUACUUUGUGCACAAAGAAGGCUUUGUCCUGUUCAUUGUGAGUUCCCUCACCUACAUGCUGAUAACCUGCCGUUUAUGGAAGUCUGUUAAGAGGUAUUCCUUAAAUCCUGAGGAUGCAAAAUCCCACCACUGGAAAGUACGUCUGCUGCUUCUCAACCUCUGCUUCUAUGGCUUUGCUGGAUUUUUUUACUGGAAGCACAAUGUGUACUGUGAGUCAGGAAGUUACACUUUUUUUGCCCUGUUUGAAUAUCUGGUGGUCAUCUCCAACAUGGCCUUCCACCUUACGGCUAUGUGGGACUUUAAGAGCCAGGAGAUUGUGAUUGUUUCCUCGUCAGAUAACAAAAACUUCUGACCAAAGCCCAGUAGGCUGGAUGCUCGGUAUCCAGCUGCUGAGUCACCUGAUCACAGCAACUGCUCAGCUCAAGAAGAGGAGGAUGGGAAGGAAGACCUGUUCCACAUAUCUCCAUGACAGCACGCUUCUCUUGAUGCUUGUCAGGACACAUGAAUAACACAUACACUUGUUGGAUGUUUUUAAAUUCAAUGCAAUAAUUUGCAGCACAUGCAAAUAACGAUGUGAACUAUUAUAGGAGUAUUAAAUGUAAGCCCAUGGCUGAUAGUGGAAAGUCGGUCAAGCAGCAGGACAUUUGCCUGAAGCACCAAAAAAAUCUGCAUCCUCAUAGAUCUUCGUGUGAUUUAGCCUUUGGAAACCAUGCAUUCAUAGUUUGGACUUCAGUAAAAUGUUGAGAGGCAAAUGUUUUGCAGAGGCGCGCACAAAGCUGAGAAGCCUUAUUGUGAAGAAAAAUGGGUAAAAAAAAAAACAAUGAGUGGAGGAUGCAUGAUGAGGAGAAGUGUGACCACAUGACCAGAUGUGUGUUAGAAAUUACAUUGAGAUACUUUAGAUAUGAGCAUUUAAUUGUGAUCAAUUGUUUUUUUCUAUUACUAAAUUGCAUUACAUGUUAAAUGUAACCUAGAAAUUCAUACAUGUAUUUACAAAAUCACAAUUACAAAAUACAUUUUCAAGUUUAAUUGAAAAUUCAAGUUUCAAAGGGUUGAAGACAGAAAAUGACCACAAAAAUAGUUUAUUCUGUUUUUUUAAAAAAAGAUUGAAAUAUGAUUCAAAUUCAAAUUUAAAAUAUGAUUUUCCAAUGGUUCUAUCUUCUUGUUAUUAUUUAUUUAUCUUUUUGUGAGAAAAUCUGGGUCCUGAACCAUCAAACCAGGUGACCAGCUCAGUGGCCUCGAGGUAGAGUGUCCGCUCUGAGACUGGUUGGCCAGCAGUUCAAAUCAAAUCCAGAAAAUGGGAUCCAUUUGGGACAGUCAGCAAAGUUGGAUUGGAGGGGGGGGGGGGGGGGGUUAAACCACCAAAAGGUUCCUGGCUGUGUCUGUAGCUCACCUCUCCCCCAGUGGUCAAAUGCAGAGAACACAGCUGAUGAGACAUUAAGUUUUCUGUGUGUAUUUGUUUGUAAUAAUGGAUUGGAUUUAUCUGUGCUUUUCCAGACGCUCAAAGCGCUUACAGUGUGUCCAUUAUUCAUUCACUCCUCAUUCA